AUGAAAAAAAUCAAGGACUGGCUAGACUGCUACGUGCAGAUUAGCCCUUACAACCGGUUUGAGGUGCGUCGCGUGUCGCACUCCAACUAUGGCACUGAGUUGCCCAAUGGAACAUGGACAGGCAUGGUCGGAGCUCUACAAAAAGGGGAAGCAGAUGCGUGCUUCUCGCUCAGCAUCGGCUCGUACGCCCGAAGCAAGGUUGUUCGUCUGGGUCCCGUUGUGUCCUACCAAGACAACGCUAUUCUAUCGGGAAGUGAGACCGCUCGCUUCGACGCUUUCGAAUAUCUGCAGGCGUUCGACCGCAAGACCUGGCUGAUGCUCUUCAUAGCCCUUCUGGUCCUUGCCUUCCUGAUUUCUCUCCCGGACUGGUUAAAAUCAAGAGAAGGCGGAAACCGGGGUUCAAGUCUUGGGGCGCAGAUUCACGAGAACGCCUGGACGCUCUUCGGCUGCCUUCUUUGCGAGUGUGAGAACGGCUAUGGCAUUAAGUUUUUGUGUUUCCCCAAGCCGUUCGCCCGCAUAUCGCAGCGACUCCUCGUCGGCGUCUGGCUGGCAGCGGUCGUCAUUUUGUCGAACACGUUCGCGAGUCUCCUCAAGUCGCGACAUGCAGUCGGAAACUCCGUGCCCAUCGCGGACAGCAUCGUCGACGUGGCGGCUAGGUCAUACCUCAGGCCUAUCAUUGCCGCGGGGACUUACUACGAACAGCUCGAUAAGUUUGCCUUGAUACUAGAGUGUUUGUCGCCUCCCAUCUACGGAUGUGAAGUCCUGGCGCCGGGACCUCGUUUGACACAGGACUCAAGCUCACCCCACGUGAAGAAAGUAUGGGAAAUGGCCCGCAAGAAGAAGGGAAUGGUACCCCUGCACACCUUCUUCUCCGAUGGAAACCUUCGACAGGUGGCGGAGCGGCAAGCCGUCAUGGCCAUGGAGCGAGGUUCCAUGCUCUUCAACAUGGCUGCCUUCUGCGAACGCGAAGGCGUGCGCAAUUUCUACGUGGCCCAGCAGCUUAUAGAGCAGACGCCCUUCGUGUACAUGUUUUCCAAGCACCUGGAUCGCCGGAUCUACGAAGAAAUAUUCAAGAAGUAA